GCUUUGAAACCUCACAGCGAGAAGGGCUUGUCGCCAGCGUCCUCUCGGUUGACCGCGAGCUCGUUUCCCUGUGUGCAUCGAGGUUGUUUAGCCAGCAUCCCGCUUGCUACCACCAGGAGCGUACUCUACAUAAGAAAAAAAAGCAGUCGAGAGCCCUCAUUAAUGGAGUCGAGCAUAUACAGCCCUUGGCUGGCCCACGACCUUCCUCAAUCCGUUCAUCGCUCGCCGCCGACACAGGAGUGGCCGAAACCGCAAACUGCUCCAACAGCAGGCCCCAGUCAGACCCCCCAUCACGGUACCGCUCUCGACUUGCCUGUCGACUUUGACUUGGCCAGUACUUCCCCAUCGACCCCGUCAUUCACAUCACCAUCGUCGGCCCAAUCCGGAUACGGCUUUUAUCCGAACUCGUUUCACAGCCAGGGUUCAUUCUACUCAACGUGGCCGUCCUCCCAACCACCACAACCCUCGGAUUCCAUUCCGCUGUCGAGUUAUUCCACUCUAAAUGGCGCAACGACGACAAGCACGGUUCCAUCUAGCGCACCGCCGCAGAAUGGCACGAUGAUGAUUGAUCCGGUCCUGACAACUAUGAAUGGCUCCGCGGCCGCUGGGUCUAAUGGCAGCUACCCUCCAGCAAGUUACACAACACAAGCACCUUCCAAUCCUCAGCAACGAAUGUAUUACCCUACUCCAACUCUCAGUUAUUACCUUAACCAGCAUCAUCAACAACAGCAACAGCAGCAGCAACAACAGCAACAGCAAUCUCAACAACAAGGCACACUGUCUCCUCAUGCCCUUCAUGCCCCUUCCUCUACCGCUCAUUUCUCAAACUUCUUCCAACCGCAAGCCUCAGGACCCAGAUUAUUGCAACCAUCUCCUGUUGUUUCACACUCCCUCAUACCGCCUUCGCAACCGCCUUCACAAACAGGUUCCUCUCCCCAGGAACGUAAGGCGGCUUUGUUAAAUGCCAUACGUCCCUUCCUCUUGCCUAAAGCCUUCAGCGGUGCCCCCGCUGUAGCCACGCUGUCUGCCCGGAUUGCCGAAUACGGUGUUGCCGAAGUAGACGCAGCCACGAGGAUGGAGAUACUGACCAAGAUACGAGACCAUGCGGGCAACCAUUACUUUCGGGCCUGGGUAGACAACCAAACGGCAAUCGACAUUACACGUGAAUGGCUCAAGGCGGCUUUCACGGCAAGCCGAGAGGAGGGUGGUGAUGAGGCACUGGUGGAGACUAUCAUGCCUCUCCUACAUAUCAUCGAUCGGCUUCCAAUGACUGUGACCUCUCUGCAGUCAUCCAAGCUUGGUAAACUGGUUGUCCGGCUCGUCAAGGACCCCCCUAGUCCCGCCAUCAAGGAUAUGGCAUCCAACGUGGAACGACGAUGGCGACAGCUUGUGACCGAGCAAGGGUCAGAAGCACCUGCGGACGACCCUAAAUCGAAAAAGAGGAAGCUUAGUGAUUUGCCUGCGCGUAGUGCUCCGCCGCUGAAGAAGACGGCGGUGGGCAAUGUCAAACCUGCGGUCAAAAAAGAGCUUGUUGCUUCAUCCUCCAGCAAGUCUGCGUCUUCAAAGGAUGCGAAGUCCGACUCGUCGUUCUUCUCUGCGCCUAAGCCAAAGCCGAAACUUCCGAGCUUCAAGAAAGCACCACCAGCGCCGCCACCCAGUGUUAAGAAAGACGACACCAACAUUGCCCAGCCGAGCGCAAUCGAUCCAUUCCAAGAAGCGCUGAAGUCGAUGAAGACGCGGAAGGGAUCACCACUACCUAAUGCUGUAUCGGCACAGUCACCCGCGAGCUCGGAACCGAGCACCUCUUCAACACCGUUACCAGGGUUUACCAAACUUGGAAAGCGGAAAAAGACGGUCACGUGGGCGCCUGAUGGUAAGCUGGAGUCGAUCCGGCUCAUUGAACGAGCGAUAUACGGCGACGAGAAUGAUCAUGAAGGGGGAAUGCUUCACGCGAGUCUUCGUGACCUUGAUCGCAUGGAGGGUUCUACUAUGCACAUGCACCUGUUUGAGGAGGUUUUGGACUGGACUGAACCAAUACCACUUGAACUAUCAGCCUUACCUGAUCUGGAACGGGGGUCGGGAAGCCAGGAGAAGGCGACGCAGGAGUUGCGAGAGCAGACUGCACUGAUCUCGUUGUACAUGUCUACUGCGUCUAUCCCGGACUCACCCGCGGAGCCUGCACACGUGUUGGCGGACGAGGAAAUCGACAAGGACGUGCGUGAAAUGACAACGGGGCCGGAUGUUGACCAGGUGUUCUGGAGUUCGCCUCCAAUACCGAUGCUGGACGUGACCUCGUCGGUGGCGGACCUGGUUGGGCAGCUGGCCAGCACCAGCAACAGCAACGACCUCAAUCAGGUCGCGGCGGGUUUGAUGACCGAUGCUGCUGCCGUGAUCCCACAAGAGCAGAUCCAGCAUCUGCUUGCACAACUGUCGUCGGGAAUGCAGACUGCGCCCCCGCCAGCGCUGGCUCCACCAUAUGGCGAUUGGUCGGCGCUUAACCAGUUUACCGCAGAUUACGCGCAAGGCCAGACAUUCCACGACGAUGGUGGAGACCGUAACGGGUGGCCAUCUGGUCGUGGCGGUGCUCGUGGCCGGGGUCGGGGGCGGGGACGGGGCGGCAUGGGCGGCGGCGGCGGCCCUGAGGACUUUAGACACUCUAACCGUGACAACAAAAGAAAACUUUGCAAUUUCUUUGCAGCAGGAAGAUGCCGAUAUGGCGAUCAUUGCGAUUAUAGCCAUGAUUUGUCGGAGCAAUGA